AUGACAAUUGUGUAAAGGAAUUUGGUAAAUAUGAUGUGUUGAUAGAGAAGGCAAACCUUGAUCCAAAAGAUUGUGUUGUUUUAGAGGAUUCUCUUCAAGAAGCCAAAUUGGUGCUUAAAUCAAAUUUAUCGGUAAUUUUAGUAGAAAAUCCAGAAUUCCCAUUUAUUAAUAAAAAAGAGAUUUGCGAGAAAAACAAUACCCACAUAAUUCAAGGUUUAAGGAAUUCUUUGUAG